AUGGCUUUGUCGUGGAUAUACAGUCUAUCUUUGUUCCAGGCAGUUCUGCUGUUGCUAGGCGUGCUCAUCAGCUAUGUGCUCUGGGUUGCGAUCUAUCGAAUCUAUUUUCAUCCGUUGUCAAAAUACCCAGGCCCUAAGCUGGCAGCUGCCACCCGUCUGUGGUGGACAUGGCACCAGCUGCGCGGGAAAUUUCCCUUGACCGUGCAUGAGCUUCAUCUGAAAUAUGGAGAGAUUGUACGGAUUGCGCCCACCGAGUUAUCCUUCACAGGGGCCGAUGCCUGGAAGGAAAUCUAUGGCUUCCGUAGUGGUCUGCCCGAGAACCGCAAGGAUCCCGGCGAGAAUACAGACGCUGACAAACGGCAUCCAACUAUCAUCAAUGCUGAUCGCAAAACCCACGGUGACUUGCGCAAGUUACUGUCUAAUGCUUUCUCAGACAAGGUGCUGAAGGGCCAAGAGCCCGUGUUGCUGCACUACAUUGACCUUCUAGUCACUCGGUUGCAUGAAGUGGUAGAGAAGGGGGAGCCAGUUGACAUAGUGAAAUGGUUCAAUUACGUGACUUUUGACAUCAUCGGGCAUCUGGCCUUUUAUGAAUCAUUCGACUGUCUCAAAAACACCGAGUACCACCCGUGGAUGUCCAUGAUCUUCAACGCCAUCAUGUACGUGCACUAUGUACGGACAUUCCAGCGAUUCAUUGACAUCCGCUCGAUAAUUCUAGCCAUUUUACCCAAGCGAAUUGUUGAGCGACGUAAGUGGCAUAUUGGCCUGGUCGAAGAUAAAGUUAUGCGUCGCAAACAGCAACAUCCUGAUUAUAUCGAUUUCAUGAGCCACCUUAUCCAAGCUGAAGAGAAGGGCAAGCUGACAACACCCGACCUCGUGGCAAAUGCAAAUCUCAUGGUUAUUGCCGGUAGCGAGACGACGGCGACCAUCCUUUCAGGCACGAUUUAUUAUCUUUGCACUCACCCUCGGGUAAUGCAAAAGUUGCUCGCCGAGGUCCGCACUUCCUUUGACUCGAGUGACGAAAUCAAUAUCGCCCGGAUUAGUAGCCUGAGGUACAUCAAUGCCGUAAUUGACGAGUCCUUCCGUCUCUACCCACCAGCUGCAGGCAGUCAUCCGCGCAUCACGCCGCCAGAGGGAGCAAAGAUCAUGGGAGAGUGGCUUCCUGGUAACACAUCAAUGGGAAUGGCUCAGUACGCUGUAUUCCGUUCCCCCGCCAACUUCAAGGACCCUGAGCUUUACCUCCCCGAGCGAUGGCUGGAUACAGAAGGUCCAUAUGCCCACGAUAAGCGAGAGGCUCUCCAGCCCUUUUCUUUUGGACCCCGAAAUUGCAUUGGCCGAAAUUUGGCAAAUAUCGAGCUUAGAUUGAUCCUGGCAAAGAUGCUCUGGCAUUAUAACUUCGAACUGAUGCCCGAGUGCCACAAUUGGCCAAAGGAUCAAUACAUCUACACAUCGUGGGAGAAGAUCCCCCUGAAAGUCAAUAUCACCGCACGAGAGUGA